GAAGAAGACAAAGUAGCCUAACUGUACUGUUGUGGGCGACAACAUUUCAUGUCAUACAAAGAAACAAUAGCUUCCACAAUGGAUCGGGACAAAGCUAGCCCGUUCCCCUCCACCCUCCAGGAGUCCCCAGGUCAAAAGCCUCCUGGUACCGCUUUACUGCAGGGUCUGGUCGACUGCAGGAAAACACCGGGGCAGUGUGGAAGUGAGAGAGGAGGAGGAGAAGAGAAGGAAGAUGGAGAUUUGAUUUCAUUAAGUAAGAACCAUGGGGAUAGCCCUAACCAUUGCUCUCUCAGUGGGAGGGGCUUAUCAUCUGGGGAGCCUCGACAACAUCAUGAUGCUGACAAGACAGAGAAGAGUCUCUCCAGAUCAGAACGUCUCAAACACCAGCAGAGAUGUAUAGGGAAGAAUCCUCACCACUGCUGCUUUGACUGUGGGAAGAGUUCUACUAAACAGAGGGAAUUUAUCAUUUACCAACGGAUUCACACUGGAAAGAAACCGUACCGCUGCUCUCCGUGUGGGAAGCGUUUCGCUGCAUCUAAAACCUUAAAAUCUCAGAGAAUUCAUACAGGGGAGAGGCCUUACCCCUGCUUUGAUUGUGGGAAGAGCUUCAGUCAAUCAGGAGCCCUGACUAAACACCAACGCAUACACACAGGAGAGAAGCCUUAUAGCUGUGAUCAGUGUGGGAAGAUCUUCAAUCAGUCAGGAAACCUGACUACACACCAGCGCAUACACACAGGAGAGAAGCCUUAUAGCUGUGAUCAGUGUGGGAAGAGCUUUGCUCUAUCCGGAAACCUGACUAAACACCAACGCAUACACACAGGAGAGAAGCCUUAUAGCUGUGAUCAGUGUGGGAAGAGCUUCAAUCAAUCAGGAGACCUGACUAAACACCAACGCAUACACACAGGAGAGAAGCCUUAUAGCUGUGAUCAGUGUGGGAAGAGCUUUGCUCUAUCCGGUCACCUGACUACACACCAACGCAUACACACAGGAGAGAAGCCUUAUAGCUGCGAUCAGUGUGGGAAGAGCUUCAAUCAGUCAGGAGCCCUGACUACACACCAACACAUACACACAGGAGAGAAGCCUUAUAGCUGUGAUCAGUGUGGGAAGAGCUUCAGGAAGUCAGGACACCUGACUACACACCAACGCAUACACACAGGAGAGAAGCCUUAUAGCUGUGAUCAGUGUGGGAAGAGCUUCAAUCUAUCAGGAGACCUGACUUCACACCAACGCAUACACACAGGAGAGAAGCCUUAUAUCUGUGAUCAGUGUGGGAAAAGAUUCAGUCAAUCAAGGACCCUAACUACACACCAACACAUACACACAGGAGAGAAGCGUUAUAGCUGUGAUCAGUGUGGGAAGAGCUUCAGGAAGUCAGGACACCUGACUACACACCAACGCAUACACACAGGAGAGAAGCCUUAUAGCUGUGAUCAGUGUGGGAAGAGCUUUAAUCAAUCAGGAGCCCUGACUACACACCAACGCAUACACACAGGAGAGAAGCCUUUAUAG